GCAUCCUUUGCAAAGUAAUCAAACCCCAAAUCCACUAGAAAUCAUGGGUGUUUUCACUUAUGAAUCUGAGGUUAUUACAGCAAUCCCGCCAGCCAAGAUGUUUAAGGCUUGUAUCCUUGAUGGAGACAACCUUAUUCCCAAGGUUGUUCCUCAUGCUUUCAAGAGUGUUGAGUACAUUCAAGGCAACGGUGAGCCGGGUAGCAUCAAGAAGGUCACCUUUGGAGAAGGAAGCCAAUUCAAAUACAUGAAACAGAAGGUCGAAGCACUAGACGAAGAGAAUUUUUCAUAUACGUACAGUGUGAUCGAAGGCGAUGCGUUGAUGAACAAGCUUGAGAAAAUCACUUACGAGACGAAGCUAGAGGCCUCUCCGGAUGGGGGAUCCGUAUGCAAGACUACUAGUAAGUAUUACACCAUUGGUGACUUUGAGCUCAAGGAAGACGGAAUCAAGGCCGGAAAAGAAAAGGCAUUGGGAAUGUUCAAGGCAAUUGAAGCCUAUCUCCAGGCAAAUCCUGAUGCCUACUGAAAAUCCCAGUAUGGCAUGCAUCCACUUCAAUGAAUAUCAAGCAAUUGGCCUGUUUCCCUUCAAGUUUUCAGUUUU